UGCCAUCAUGGAUCAAGUCCUCAGUUAUGGAAACCAAGAGCAUGCAACCAGACAAGCAGCUGAAGUCAGACAUUUAGACCAGACGUUUCUGCAGACGUCACAGCGAGAGCUUUCUGGCACAGUGGAAGUCUUGGGUCGCAGCUUGUCCGUCUCCUCGCUGUGUCUCCUGGUUCCCACGCUGCGUCUCAUGUGUGGCUUCGCCUGGCAAGUGGUCCAGCGUUGUAACGUGAUGCAUUAUGGGAAGGUGGAGGAGCUGGUGAGGGUGGCGACGGAGCUGGCUCCAGAUCUGCUGACACCCAGGGAGAAAGUACAAAUCCUGCUUCGACUUAGGGCUAGGGUGGUGUUGGACUUGUGUGCCAGAGAGAUCACAGCCAACCAGUUGAGCAUCCAGCCUCACCUGACGGUCAUUAAGAACAUCACGACUGGCUGCACAUGUAAUCAGGAGGAACGAGAGGAGCUGGAAAAUUCAAAGACAAACUUUAUGGAGGUCAUUCAGAGACUGCUGGAGGAUAAAGAAGAAAGAAAGAUGUUCUUCAAGGAAGUCUUUCCUCUCCAUUACGGCCAGCAGUAUGAAGCCAAAUUAAAAACAUUAGUGUGGAAGUUCAUCUCUAGACUUGACAGUCUUCUACCUGUUCCAGAUAUAAAACAGACUGCUGAGUGGCUCGGCUCUGCCCCCGCUGUCAUGGAGGAAUGUGGACGGCUGGUUUUGGAGCCAGCCGAGCUGAAAGCCCUCUUCAGUUUUCAACAACAGCAAUCAGGAUUCACCAACAAAUAUCGUUCCCAUACUGGAAAUAUGUUUUUGCCAAGACUUUCUCUUCCUCCCAAACCAAACCAAGAACGUUCUUCAGAGCAACAGGGUUUGUCUGCAGUUGACAAAGGCGAUGGACACUUUUAUUGUAGCAAGGACGAGGAGCCUGUUGAGGAAAACACAAAUGCUGUUACACCGACUCAGCAAGACUGCAACAAAGCAGAUGAAGUCCUGAUGCUGAAAGAUGAAGAAAUGAAAGAGCUCACCACUGAAAACAGUUCAAAUUCCACCAAUCAUACGCCUUUAGGACAGCAGACUUGCUUUCUGUGCUCAUACUCUGACGACCAAGUCACAGGUCUUAUGCGGCACAUGAGGGAGGCGCAUCCCGUUCAAAAACCCAGCAGACUUCAGCCAAAAGAAGAAGAGACGGAUAAAGCCUCUAAGAAAGCGAGCGCAGACACGUGCGCGUCUGAGACCAAGAGCACGGCAUUCCCUUGCGAGUACUGUGGGAAGGUCUUCAGGUAUGUGUCGAAGCUGCGGGGCCACAUGAAGACACACACACUGCCGUUCCACUGCGACAAGUGCGACAAGAAAUACGCCUCGAUGUCCUCCCUGUACGUCCACCAGAUGAACCACACGGGUGAGCUGCCGUAUUUGUGCUCGCACUGCGGUCGAGGGUUCAAGACCUCCGGCAGCCUGAGCGCGCACGUCCACAUACACACAGGAGAGAGACGCUACAAGUGUCACAUUUGCGGGAAGACGUCAAUCCAGCAUCUCGCGAGACACAUGCGGAUGCACCGCGGGGAGAAGAACUACCUGUGCACAGAAUGCGGGAAGGCCUUUCUCUCCUCCGGGGAGUUGAAGCUACACAUGAGGUAUCACACCGGCGAGCGUCCGUACAAGUGCAAACACUGCGGGAAAGGUUUCGUAGCAAAGUGCCUUUUGACGGUUCACAUGCGCAGACACACAGGGGAGAGUCCUUACAAGUGUUUAGUGUGCCCGAAGGCGUUUCAUACUUUGAGGGCACAGAAAAAACACAUGAAGAUCCACUCCAACUUAAAGUCGUUCCAGUGUUUGAAGUGUGGUAAAAUAUUCAGGCAUGCGGACACUUACAAAAUGCACGUUAAAACACACAAAUGAAAGAAGAAGCUGGGGUUUUGUUAUGAGAAGAUGAAAAUAUUCUGAUCUUAUCUAUCGGGCAGUGUGGGUAAUUAUCAGGAGUAAGCCUUUUAAACACAUGAAUACACUUAAUAAACGCUCCCUGCAUAAGUAGAGUAGCUCAGUGAAUGCAUAAAGGAGCAAGGUAGUUUAUGCAAAGCCGCUCUUUUAAAACAGAAAUCUAGUGCCGAGUUAAUUUUUGGAUUUUACGUGAGCCACAGAUACUAUGAGAGAAAUUGUUCUUUCCCUAGACCAUGGGAUGGGCAACUUUGGUCACAUCAAGCGCCACAUUCAUUUAAUUCUCACUGCCCGGGGGACCAAAUUGUAGAAUACAAAAAUGAUUACAGUCAAUUUUGUCUGAAAUUUAACUCAACAUAAAACAGUGAUCAAAUAUUAUUAUGGACAUAUUUCUGGUUUUCAUGAUUUCAUGGCAGAUUUUGUCAUGUUUUCUUCAUGUUUCCAAUUCAUUGAUAUGUAAAAAUUGACCUGAGGACCACGUUGAGGGUUGAUGGGGGCCGCAUGUGGCCCCCGGGCCGCCACUUGCCCACCCCUGCCCUAGACAAUCGGCAUCCUCGUUCAUGCACGGCCUGCUCCGACCCCGCCUCAGCGGCAAGGAACUGUGGACAACCGGAACACGAGGAAUAACAAGGAAAAAUCUUGCCUGCAUAGUAUCCUAUAUGCUCUUUUAUAAAGCGUCUUGAGAUAACAGUUGUUAUGAAUUGGCACUAUUCAAAUAAUGAUUGAUUGAUUGUUCAUGAUUCAAAUGAUGUGUUUAUAAUUUGACAAAGUCAAAUAAACAAGCAGACUUUCUUUCAUUCAGGAAUACCAGGUGCAGUUUUUGAAGGAUUGGACACUUUUAACCGCUUUCAU